AUGAGUUGCAACAUUAAGGAGACCAUCACUGUGUCUAGCAAAGGCAGGAGCAGUGGUGGCAGCUGCAUCAUUGGUGGUGGUGGUGGUGGUGGAGCACGGAUCUCUUCCUAUGGGAUAGGCAGUGCCAGAGGGUUCUCCGGAAGGAGCUUCUGUGGAGGAGUGAAUUAUGGAGGGGGACUCAGCGUUGGGAGCUUGGCUGGGGGGAGCUACGGAGGUGGCAACUGCUAUGGCAACGGCCUGGGCUUCGGCCUGGGGGGCGCUGUGGUGGGUGGGGGUCUGGGUGGCGACUGCUUGCUGUCGUCCUGCGAUGAGAAGGUCACCAUGCAGAACCUGAACGACCGCCUGGCCUCCUACCUGGACAAGGUGAAGUGCUUGGAGAAGGAGAAUGCGGAGCUGGAGUGCAGGAUCAGGGAGUGGUACGCAACACAGGGGCUGUCCUGCGAGCCCCGAGACUACAGCUGCUACUACAAGGAGAUUGAGGACCUGCAGAACCAGAUUGUCUGUGCCACCAUUGACAACAACAAGAUCAUCCUGGACAUUGACAACAGCAGGAUGGCUGCUGAUGACUUCCGUGUGAAGUACGAGACGGAGCUGGCCUUGCGCCAGAGCGUGGAGGCUGACAUCAAUGGACUGCGGCAGGUCCUGGACCAGCUGACGCUCUGCAGGUCCGACCUGGAGGCACAGCUGGAGUCGCUGCGGGAGGAGCUCUGCUGCCUGAAGAAGAACCACGAGGAGGAGAUGAGCUGCCUGAGAAAACAAUCGACUGGAGAUGUGAGUGUGGAGGUCAACGCCUGCCCAGGCCCAGACCUGAGGCAGAUCCUGGAGGAUCUGAGGUGCCAGUACGAGACGCUGAUUGCACGCAACCGCAAGGAGGUGGAGGAUUGGUACGAGUGCAAGAUUGAGGAGGUGAAUCGGGAGGUCAUUACGAGCGGCCAGGAGGUGGAGACGUGCAACAACCAGGUCACGGAACUGAGACGCCAGCUGCAAGCCCUGGAGAUCGAUCUGCAGGCACAGCUCAGCCAGAGAAAUAAUUUGGAAUCCUCACUGGCUGAGACUGAGUGCCAGUACAACAACCUCCUGGGUGAGCUACAGACCCAGAUCACCUGUGUGGAGCAGCAGCUGGCUGAAAUCAGAGCAGAAAUCGAGUGCCAGAACCAGGAGUACAAGACCCUGCUGGACGUCAAGUGCCGCCUGGAGCAGGAGAUCCAAACCUACCGCUGCCUGCUGGAGGGAGGCCAGCAGGACCUCAUACAUGGAGGAGGCAUUGGAGUAGGAAGUGGUGUAGGAGGAGGAGUCAUUAGGACCAGCCACACAUACACCACAACUACAGCCUCCCACUGCCAGCCCCAGGUGCCCCCCUGCAAGACUGGAGACAUACAAGUGACCUGCAGGAGGAUUUGUGAUUGA